ACGACCAGUGCGCGACGGACUCGGCGGUAGCAAGGAGGCGUGCUGAUGACGUCAUCCUUAUAAAAGUAGCGACCCGCCCAGUUUUCCGCCAUUCUGGGAUUUUCUUUGAGAUUUGCUUUGAGUUAACACAAGGACGCAGACCGAACAGACGACAGAAUAUCAUCUUGAUCAUUUUUUUUUCUUCACCAGCGACGGACAUUUUGAUUCCACUUUACUUUCUUGUUCAAGAAGAAAAGCUGCAUAAAACCCGCCCAUUAAACAAAGCAAAUUUUUUCCUUUACAAAAGUUUGCUUUAUACAGCCAUGACAGUUUUCUCUUUUAAACUGUUAUAAAAGCAAUCAAAAUUCGUGUUGCUAUAAAGCACAGUUAUAAAAAAACAACCUGGGCGCUGAGGAGAAAAGUUUUUGAUAGGUCAUAAACCAUGGGGACAGGACCUGUGGACCCAAGAGAACUUCUUAAAGCUCUUGACUGCUUCUUGGGCAAGGAAGGAGAAAUCAAGUCUGCAGAGGGAGUCUCUAAAAUCUUCAACUUAAUGAAAGGCUCUCAGAAGAUGGUCAGCAGAUGUAUUUAUCUCAAUAUACUGCUGCAAACUAAGUCACAAGAUCAUCUUAACAAGUUUAUAAGAGUCGGUGGUUAUAAACUGUUAAAUGCCUGGUUAACCUACGCUAAAUCAACAAACAAUGCACCUCUUAUGCAGCUGAUAUUACAGACGUUGCAGAUGUUGCCGCUUUCUGUUGACCAUCUCAAACAGAAUAAUACAGCCAAGUUGGUGAAACAACUGAGUAAAACUGGAGAAAAUGAAGAGCUCAGAAAGCUAGCAGCUAUGCUGGUUGAUGGAUGGAUGGCAAUUAUACGUUCCCAGAGUGCCACGGCAGCAGCAUCCAAUCCACAUACAGAUAAGAAGAAGAAAAAGGAAGAAUCUAAAGUAAAAAUAGUAGAAAAAGUGGAGACAAAAAUGGAAGAUGCCAACAAAAAAGAUAAGCCAAAGACAGUGAGAACAACGGCACCAAGCCAUGCGAAGUUUAGGUCUACAGGACUGGAACUGGAAACACCUCCUCCAGUUUUAAUAAAAAAGAUUCAGCCCCCGCCAAUUCAGCUAGGUGACAAAUAUAAAGUAGCUCCACUAAAAAGGCAAAGCUCUGCUCCAGUUGAGACACCUCCAAUAGAAAAGAAAUACAAACCUCUCAACACUACUCCAAAUUCCACUAAGGAAGUUAAAGUUAAGAUCAUCCCACCACAGCCAAUGGAAUGCAGUGGCUUUUUGGAUGCUUUGAAUUCAGCUCCAGUUCCAGGAAUAAAGAUUAAAAAGAAGAAGAAAGUGGUGUCUCCAACUACGCAGAAGCCUUGUCCAUUUGAGACCAAAAUGCCACAGGAUCCCAGUCCUGUAAAGCCACCUUCUCCAGUUGAGGUCAUGGACAUAGAUCAGCCAGGCACUCCAGUUCCAGCAGUGGAGGUACCAGAGCCCAUGGAUAUUGUUCCUGAUGAGACAAAAGCACUACCAGAGGCACGUAAAGAAGAUAACACUACGUCAAUUCAGAAAUCAAAGAAGAAAAAGACAGUACAUUGGGCAGAAGAGCUUACUCUGCGGCAGUACUACUAUUUUGAGUUGGAUGAGACAGAGAGAGUUAAUGUCAACAAAAUCAAGGACUUUGGUGAAGCUGCCAAACAAGAGAUGAUGAAGGAUCGUCGAGCCUUUGAAACAGCACGGCGACUGUCUCAUGAUGCUAUGGAGGAGAAGGUGGCUUGGAGUUGUCCACGUCCUCUUUCAAUUCCUGAGAGCCUUGUUGUUCCUGGUAGUGGAAGUGAAGAGAAGUUAAUACAGCAGGAAAGGGAAAAGGGGAUCCUCCAAGAGAUCUUCCUGUAUAAAGAAAGUGUCCCAGACAGCCCCCAUGAGCCUGAUUCAGAAGCAUAUGAGCCAAUACCACCAAAGCUUAUCCCCUUGGAUGAGGAUUCUACAUUCAUGGAUGAUGGAUAUAUGGACCCUGUGGAUCCAGCUGCCCCUUCUCAGUCUCCAGAUAAUUCAACAGCAAAGCUACCACCCAUUCUUGCUAAUCUUAUGGGCAGCAUGGGAGCUGGCAGGAGCCCUCAGCAGCAAAAUGCUGGAAGUACACCACCAGUCAAUGUUCAAGAGCUCCUCUCCACUAUAAUGGGAGCCCAGGGGAAUCAGAAGACAGAAGACCUAAUAAAGCAGCCUGACUUUUCUGAUAAAAUCAAGCAGCUUCUAGGAUCUCUACAGAAUCAGAACCAAAGCCAAACUCAGGGUUCUGGGACAGCAAAUUCAGGACUGCUAGGACCUGGGCCAGGUGCUAACGGAAGCUUUCCUCCUACUCCAAAGAAUGGUCCUCAUUUUUCACAUGGUACACAACGUUCACAUUAUCAGGGGCCUCAUGGUGGGGGCAGUGGGAGUGACGGAGGACCUCCUGGAGUGCCACGAAUGAUUGGACCACCACCUAACCAGCAACGUGGUGAUGGUUACUGGGAUCAGCCAUGCGAGUCUAUGAGGGGAGGACCCCAUGGCAUGAGAGGUGGCCCUUACCAUCGUGGGAGAGGGGGAAGAGGUGGAGAGCCAAACUUCAGAGGGCGACAGAGCCGGGGAGGUGGUGGCAAUGGUGGACCACCAAGGGGUGGAGGGCCCAACAACCAACAUAUUGCAGAUAUGUCAAUGCGUCCAGUAUGCCGUCAUUUCAUGAUGAAGGGCAGCUGUCGUUAUGAGAGCAACUGUGCGUUUUACCAUCCAGGAGUGAAUGGACCACCUCUAUGAAUGUUUGUGGGCUUCGUAUGAACUUUGGGCCUAAGAACGUAGCACCUGUCUGAACUUUAAUUUCUGAUGCUGCUGCAGUGAUUGAGCAUCCAUCCAUGCCUUAAUGUCGGACUCAUCAUUAGUGGUGCAGCUAACAUUCUUAGUGGGGCUGUUCUUUUAUCAUUUCAACAUUAUGAUGGUCUUUUUUGAACAGCUUGACCAAAUCAAGAUCUUUUUGUGUAUAUUCACUAAAAUUCCCAUAGAAAUAGGAGUUCAUUUUCCAGAUUGAAUGAGGGAUUACAAAUGACACUGAAUGUCAGCUGUGUAUAUCCACUGUGAAAUGCAUAUUUUUCUGCCUUUCUUUUUAAUAUUUCUAAUGAGAUGACCACAUUUUUAAUUGAAAGCAAAAAAAAAGUCUUUGUAGUUAAAACGUGAGGUGACUUUUGCGAUUUUCAAAGUGGAUCUACACAAUAUUUUAAAGUAUUGUUCAACAAUAGUAUACUUUUUAUAGUAUAUGGCUCCAGAUUUCUCCAUUCAAAUAGAAAAAUGAUUUCUUACAAAAAAAGUUAGUAGUUUUUGUUUGUUUGUCAGAAACAGUUAACAGAAAGUUAACUUGAUAUGAAUGUUGGUAAUUACAUAAAUUACCUUUUUUAGCCAACCUACUUGGAGGGGGAAGCAUUUCUGCCACAUUUAUAGGUGAGGUUUUUGAACUGUCCUACCACUGUGCAGCAGCAGCACAACAUAAUUAAGCUGACUUUUUAAUGAAAGCAGACUACAGUAUUACACAUUUGAAAUAUUUAUUUGCUCUGUGUAUAUUUUUGAUGUAUAUAUUGUGUAUAGACCUGUGUUUAAAAAUAACACUUUUUGUUUUACAUAAAGGUAUUUGACCACUAAGCCAGUAAGUUCUGGUGUUCAGGUUUACGCAGACAUUCAAGUGCUGUGUGCAUAAAAAGUUGCUGGGCUGUCAGUGUUCUCCGAACAAGUCUUGAAAUGUCUUUGGACCCGCACAUUCAAUGGUGGCUUAAGUGCUUCUGCUGAUCGUGAUCCAGUUU